GUCAGGAACCAGGGAGCUGUAUUAGAUGAUUUGUGAGACCUCUUGCCAGUUCCAAAUCAGCCUCCUCCUUUUGGUGAGACCAUGCUCGGGAGAAGGUCAGAUGUAUCAUAAGUACCUGGGUACUUAUCAUUUUAAUAAGGUCAUAUCAAUAAUGUGUUCUCAUCUUGACUUAUAUUGAAGCUUCCCAAGGUCUUCUCAAUAAGGUGUUCUUAGGUCUCUGUUUCUCAAGAACGCAGCUAAAAGAGAGAUGGAAACGGAUAUACACCACCACACACAUACACCAAUUCGAGCAUACCUACACAUGCCUACACCACAAAUCUCACUAUUUUGCUACUAAAGCACACUCGGAUGUGCGUAACUGUGAGCAUCAAAAUUUGAAUCCUGAUGGGUGGAGUGGUACCCCGCAACUUCACCACCCCACCAACAAGUUGGUUUUCCCAUGGUAACUUUCUUUGCAUGGGCUAGUGGGUUUAUUAUUCUUAGAGCCAGAUUAAUAGUUUGAUGUUAUCAAGAAGCAACUUAUACAAAAUGUAUGCAGUUCCUUUCAUUCUUCAAUAAACUUUGAGAAUAGAUUCCAUCUAAGUUUGAGGCAGUUGCGGAAUCCCCUCACAUCCUGUCGUUUCUCCAUGGUGGCCACUUGUGAGUGAGUAGUAAAUGGUGCUUACUAAAUACAAAUGGAAAAUUGAGGUACUCCCUCUGUCCACAAAUAAGUGUACUUCUAGGUUUUGUCCUAAGUCAAAAAUAGUAUAGUUUGACCGACUUUAUUGGAAAGAAAACGUAGCAACAUUGAUGACACCAAAUUAGCAUCAUUAGAUUCGUUUUGAAAUGUAGUUUUACAAUAUACCGAUUUGAUGUCAUAUAUGUUGCUACUUAAGUUGGUCAAAUCUAAAAAAGUUUGACUUAGGACAAAACCUAGAAGUACACUUAUUUGUGAGUUAUAUGUCAAUGCAAACCACUUGAUUCUGAGAUAUGUCUCUACAUCUUGGCAUAUUUAGUUUACUCUGUCAACCUGUCCCCAACAGUUACUGGGAAAAACAGAUCCAGCAGUUUUGCCAUGCUGGCUAACCUACAACCCUCUUUGAACUGGAGAUACAGUUGACCCUUGCAAUAUUUGACUCAACUGGUAAUGAAUAUGUACUGUGUUGGGUGACUAUUUUUUUCUUCUGAAACCCACACCUAAAUGUGAGUCAUUUUCAUUAGAAGAAGUGCUGAGAUGGUGAAGAGUUCACAACCGAGCCAAAACAGAAAAUAAAAAGGAAGGAAAAUGCAAAAACUGUACCGUACAAAAACUAAGGCUAAUGCUAAUGCAGAAAGGGACAAAUUAAUUCCACCUUUUACGGUCCCCGAGCAAUUGUAUAUUCGCCGCACUGUUAUCUAUGAACUGUCAUGGUUAACACUUCAUCAAGUAAUUAAUGCUUGAUUCCAUGGUAGAUGUAGUUCUUAAUCAUGGAGGCCUGCUUUGCUAAUUGAGUUUGACAGUUGUGGCUCUUAAUCAUAGGCCUGCUUGGCCUAAUUGAGUUUUAAACAUGGGCGAUCAUUUUCCGCCUACUAUGCUGCAUAUGGUGCAUAAUUUCUUAUAGUAGCAUGAGAUGCCUCCAGAUGCAGUUCUAAUAAAAUGAUGCCUCUGGAGGCUUUCUUAAUUACUACUAGUAUUGAUCAAGAGAUAGCUGUUCUCCAUGUGUGGAUGUCAUCUAUGAUAUAACUUAUGUGGUUGAGGUCUUGAAUUGAUUGAUCUAUUCUCUGAAAACUCGCUAAAUUAUUUUCUCCUUUGUUGGGCCAUUUUUUUCUGUAGCUAAACGAAAUGUCUUACCUUGAAUAUGCCUUCUCAAUCAUGUUAGUCUGUCCACACUCCUUCUCAAAUCUCAACCAUGCUAACCAAUAAUUUUGAUCCAUAUGGUCUUCUCUUUAGGUCUUUGUUUUCCGGUGCGAUCAUAUAAUGAAGGGUUGACUUCUUAUCGUGUCUUUUAUUUCUAGGAAACAACGACUAGGAUGGGUGCGGUCUUCUUGAGUGCACACAUAUCCAUCAAGAUCUGCAUGUGAGCAAUACAAGCGGACAGAAAACUCAUGUGCUUUAUGCAGCUAGUUCGAUCUAACAGGCUUCUGCAAAAUAUACAUUGUUUAUUUAUUCUAAGUAUUAAUUAGAUAGUUGGGUCUUGACUUUGAUCUAUUGUCUAACGAAGUCAUAUUGUUUUUAAUAUUGCAUCUUCUCUCCUGACAAAAGGUGUGGGUUGGGGCAUAGGCCUUUGAUUCAUCAAGUUCAAAUUUGGCCCUCAACAGAAAUUCACUACCACUGCAGGUCAUGAACUUGUCCAGACGAGAAAAUAUGAGAUAAACAUCCAUCCUCACUGGCUUACACUAAGGCCGGUUCAUCGGCAUAGGAGUAGGAGGAGGUAGAGAGAGGGAGCCAAGAUGAGGCCCACUGCAGCAUCGGGUGCGAGAGCAUUCUUGCUCUCCGUCGCCAGGCUCUUUAAGCUGGACAAUGUUACUCAUAUGGCCAGUGUGGAGCUGUGGGUGCUACUGACGACGCUGCUGCUGGUGAUCAGGUUCCUCCUUGACUUCUUUGGGCCAUGGUACGCCGAUCGGCGUAUGAUGGCCGUCAUCCUCACUAUGGAGACCCUGAACCACAACCUGGUGGUCUACACCAUGGGGCUGAUGCAGCUGUCAGGGGAGAGAGUGAACGACUACUUCCAGGCAUGGGCGGUGCUGCUGGUCACCCUGCAGUACAGCGUCAAGAUUGGGCGCCCCUAUGCCAGGUCCAAGCAGAUCCCACUGCUGGACCUCAUGUCCUCCUUCUGGGCAGCCAAUCUCCUGCGGGUGCAGACCUUCUUCCUCCUCAGGAUCCCCCUCUGGCUGAUCUGGUCCCUCAAUGCGGUUCGCAUCAUCUUGUUCUUCAUCUCCUCUAGUAAAGCAGAGACGAUAAACCAAGAGAGCAUGAGGCUGGUCAGCGACUACAUGAGAUACGAGGAGGCUCUCUCUGGCGAAGACGACCAGACCAUGGCCUUUGCGGAUGAUGGCCAGCUGAGGGAAUUUGACAUGAGGGGUUACAAGUAUCUGGUGCAUGGCGAACACCUGGUCCUUAAGGAAGUCCAAGCGGCCACGCAGGAAGCAGCUUCUUGCUUUAACAGAGGAACACCGGAAGAAAGUAAACAACUUGACCAGAGCUACAGGAUUCAAUUGCGUCCAGAUCAAGAGCACAAGAAGAAACUUGUCACCAUAGAGAAGAUAUGGAACGGUGCCAGCGAGAGUGGAUUGCUUGGUGCCACAGACAGUGACAACCAGUUGAAGGACAUCUGCCUCUCAUUCGCCUUGUACAAGCUGCUGCGCCGUCGGUUCUACGACCUACCCAUGCAUGAGCUGGCUAGGCUGCAAGGGGAAAAGAAGAUCAGGAGCCUUGUCUUCAGUUACAUCCUGGGAAAGGACUCCGAGAGGGCAUUCCGCAUCACGGAAGUGGAAUUGUCCUUCCUCCAAGACCUGUUCUACAGCAAACAAGCCACCAUGUUCGCUGGUGGAUUCCUGAUUCCUGUCAUGAGCCUGCUACUGUCUCUGUUGCUGGCUGCAGCCACGGGGUACAUUGCAUAUCCUGUUCGGUACAUACCCGAGAGGAUGGAUCAAGCAGACCGUAACAGGAUCACGCAUGGCGUGUUCAUUACCCGUGUCAUAGUCGCUGCCAUCGUUGCCAAGGAGGUCGCAGAGAUUUAUCUCUACGUCUUCUCACGGUGGGCUAAGGUUCUGAUGUUAUGCAAGUAUGUCCAGUAUCAGUGGCUGUGGACUCCGGUGGCAGAGACAGCGAUGAAAGUGAUGCUCUGUUUCAGCAGCAAAACCAGGUGGAAGCAGAGCAUAGGUCAGCAGAACCUUCUUGUUUCAUCCCGUGUGGUGAGCCCUUUCACAGAGAAUAUAAUACAGGACAGUCGGGGGCAGAUACCUGGAAGAAUCGUCCUCAAGGAUUACACAAAGAAUGCGAUAUUGGACGUGCUCAAGAGCUUGAUCAAGGAUCAGAAAGAACUGGGUAAAUACUUCGAGAACACCUUUGGGUCAAACCAGAAGCUUGCUUGGCUAAGUGAUGAAAGUGAUGAGCCCAAGCCCAAGGUAGAUACUCACAUCAUACUGGUCUGGCACAUCGCCACCUGCCUCUGCGAGAUCAAACUAUUUGAUGAGGUCAAGAAACUCAAGGCUCUGCAACCAGUAGGGUGCCCGAAGCCGUUUGUGGGAGAACCAGUUGCCGGAAUUCACGCCAAAAAGGAACCAGAAGGGCCAGGAAUUCCCGAUGAAUCACAAGGUGCCAGGUCAAAUUCUGUGUGGUGCGAGCAGUACGCAACCGCAGUGAGCUUGUCAAACUACUGCGCAUAUCUGGUCACGCGGGCACUGGUGCCUGAUAAUGGCCUUGUCACCAAGAAGGUCCUUGAGGAGGUAAUCCGAGAAAUCGACCAUGUUGCUUCCGAUGUCAUUAUGGGCCCCUUUUCCUUUCUUUUUAGGUCGUGGAAAAAAAGCGAAGCUCGAGCAGGGGGUCAGCUGUCUAAGGAACAGCUGGGAACCAUGGAACAUGUGUAUGAGUCUCUUAUGGCCAUAGUUGGCAAGGCGAGUGAACACGAGCAUGAUACUGGCCAAGAUGGGGAUCCUGACGAGGAGGCACCCAAAGUACGCGAUCGAGAGGAGGAGCCUAUGCCAAUGCCAGACGACAGCGACAGCGACAGCGAUGAUGACCUCAACAUCAGGAACUCCAUAACUAAGAUGGGUGCGGAGCUCGGGAAGCAGCUGACUGACCUCUAUGAUGGCAACGCGGAGGGCCUGUGGCACGACCUGGCCAAGUUCUGGACGGAGUUCCUCCUGCACCUGGCGGCGUCCACCAAGGCGGCCAAACACAGGACGCAUCUCGCAGGCAACGGCGAGCUCAUCACGCACCUAUGGGUGCUGCUCUCGCACGCCGGCUUCCUUGGGAGCACCAGCCACGGGCACCAGGUCCUGGACCCAGAGGAUCUCCAGGCUGCCAACCCGUAUAAUGAAUGAGCGUGUUGUUCAUGCACCUUCAUAUGCGUGUAAACCGUGUGUACCCUUCUCUGAUGUUCUAUUGUUUUGGUAGUGUUUUCGCUUUGUAACGUUGCUGUUUGUGGUGGUGAUUGUGUCAUCGAGCUUUCAGUUUUUUUCAUGAGUUCUUAUGAACUAGCUAGAGCUCCAUCCUGGCACGUACGGCAACGAGAUCUUUUCAUGAAUCAGCAUGGGUCAAACUAGACAGACAAGCAGCAAGUGUUGAACUGCAGUUAUCAGUUCGUCUUUGACUUAGUCUUUCAGUGCUGUAACUGUAAGCCCACUCUGUAUCAAGUCAAUAUAUUGUAAACUCUGUCUUCAGAUCGUGCAAUAUAUUCAGUUGCUGCUCUGCAGUCUAUAUAU